CAGAAUGACACCACGUCGAUGGGACUUUUAGAAAACCCAUCGCCCCGUUGCUCCGUUUCCGACCCAAAUAUGAGCGAAACACGGCGUGAUGCCACAGCCCCGGGGUUCUUCAGCUGGUGGGAACACUCCCACGCCGGCAGGUGGCGUCACACUUGUGCGCUGAUAGGUGGAUUGAUUGACAGGAACGAGGUUCGCGAGACGGAGCUGCGCAUCGCCAGAAAGGAAGUUCUGGUUUUGGCUCACCGCAGGAGGACGCUCAUAGAUCCAAGUUCCGCUUGACUCCGCCAGAGCGCUGCCCACUAUCUACUCGGGCCUAGAGCUGCUCAUAAGUUGGUUUUGUUUUUUUUCAUUUACAAAUCGUGUCUCGGGUCUCCGUGUACGCCGGAGCUCCAGCCGGGUCUCUGGUUCUCCAGCCGGGUCUCUGGUUUCAUCCUCCGCCUUUGAGCUCAUGUUUUCCCGGGAGUUCCUCCCCCUGCGGCGCUGGGCGGAGUUUCAUCCCAGACGAGGCGCUCCUUUGUCGGUUCCAUGUCGUCCUGACUCCCCGGGCCUCAGCGAAGAAAAACACACUUCGAGAGGCCCGAAAUCGAGGCGCCGAGCGCUGCGGUGACCAGGGGCAGUUCGAGCCGUGCACCCGACCGGACUGGUGUGUGUUGGGGAACACUCAGUUUCAGCAUUAUGAAUGGGGGCGGCGUCUCUGUGGGACAAAGUGCCAGACUCAAAAGUGAACCAGAUGAGUGGGGUAAGGAGGACUGUCUCACCCUGCUGGAGAGGAUCCAGGGCUGUCUCCCGGAGGAGGACCUGAUGAAGUACAAGACAACAGAGUCUCACUUCGACUGGGAGAAAGUUUGCUUCGGAAGCUUCAGUGGAGAAAUGUGUCGGAGGAAGUGGCAAAAGGUCUCUUCAGAGGUCCGGAAGUACAGAACCAUGACAGAACUGCUGGUGGAUGCUGUGGACCUGGUGAAGAAUCCAUACAAGGGCAAGAAGCUUAAGACCCACCCGGACUUCCCCAAGAAGCCACUGACCCCCUACUUUCGCUUCUUUAUGGAGAAACGAGCCAAAUAUGCAAAGAUCCAUCCAGAGAUGAGCAACCUGGACCUUACAAAAAUACUGUCCAAGAAGUAUAAGGAGCUGCCGGACAAGAAGAAGCAAAAGUACAUCACUGAGUUCCAGAGGGAGAAGGAGGAGUUUGAGAAAAACAUGGCCCGAUUCAAACAGGAACAUCCGGAACUCAUUGAGGAGAGAAAGAAAAACAAUCAGCCAGAAAAACCCAAAACCCCUCAGCAGCUCUGGUACAACCACGAGAAGAAGACCUACAUGAGGCUCCACCCUGAGGUGAGUCAGAAGGAGCUAAAGGAGAUUCUCAGGAGACAGUGGUCCCAGCUGUCUGACAAGAGGAGGCUGAAGUGGAUCAGUAAAGCUCUGGAACUGCAGAAAGACUACGAGGACACGAUGAAGGCCUUCCAUGAAGCCCACCCUGACCAGAACUUGGAAGACCACGUGCGCUCCGUCCUCACUAAAGCAGAGAGACAGUUAAAGGACAAGUUUGACGGACGACCCACUAAACCCCCGCCCAACGGCUACUCCCUCUACUGCGCUGAGCUGAUGGUGAACAUGAAGGAGGUGCCGAGCACCGAGCGGAUGGUUCUGUGCAGCCAGCGCUGGAAGUUGAUGACCCAAAAAGAAAAGGAUUCAUUUCAAAAGCGCUGUGAGCAGAAGAAGAAGCAGUACGAGCUGGACCUACUCCGCUUCCUGGAGAGUCUCCCAGAUGAGGAACGCAAUCGUGUCUUGACCGAGGAGAAGCUCGGGGGAACCAGAGGAGUGGUGGCCGCCAGCCCCCUCCGAGCCAAGUCCCCCUCUUCUAAGGAGGCGGAGCUGGAUCAGUGGGAGCCUCCAGGGGGACUGAAGGAGCGGCGGGGAAAGAACUCCACGCUCCCAGAAACCCCCAAGACGGCAGAGGAGAUGUGGCAACACAGCGUGGUGGGGGACCACCUAACCAAGUACAGGGGCGACCGUCGGAAAGUUCAAGUGGCGAUGGAGGCCACGUGGAGGUCCAUGGAGAAGAAGGAAAAAAUCCCCUGGAUCAAGAAAGCUGCAGACGACCAGAAGAGAUAUGAGAAGGAGCUGUUAGAGUUGAGGACAUCUGCACCGUCUUCCUCUGCCGGCAGUAAGAAGCCAAAGUUUGACGGAGAACCAAAGAAGCCGCCAGUGAGCGGCUACCAGAUGUUCUCACAGGAACUGCUGACCAACGGCGAGCUCAACCAUUUCAGCUUGAAAGAGCGGAUGGUGGAAAUCGGCAAACGCUGGCACAAGCUGACUCCACCGCAGAAAGAGAAGUACAAGAGGCAGGUGGAGGAGCAGCAGACGGAGUACAAGGCUCAGCUGGAGGUCUGGGUCAAGUCUUUGCCUCCGCAAGAACGAGUUGCCUAUGACCAGUUCACCACGGCGAAACGCAAAGGCGGCACCAAAGUUCGCAGUUCCCCGGCUAAAGUCCGAGUCACGGCGAAAGGGAAGAUGCCGAGCUCGAAGGCGUCACCGCCGGGGGUGGCCGUUGGCAAGAGGGCGAUGGCAUACCGCGCAAAGCAGGAUGUGACAGACACGGAGGACGACAAGAGCGACUCGUCGCAGUCAGACGAAGAUGAGUCGACGGGAAGCAGCGACAGUGACGAAGAUGAUGACGAUGAUGACGAUGAUGAAGAGGAGGAUGAGGAAGAGCAGACCACUUCUGAGGAAUCCAGUGACUCGGACUCGGACUGACCCGCCUACCACAUCCUCCCUGAGGAGGCCAGUGCCAAGAGCGCAAACAGAGGUGGCGCCCUCUGUUUCUGUGCUUCUCCUGUAGGGGGCGACCUCGUCACUGUUCAGUCGUCUGAAAGGCUUUCACAGCGGCGACGUUCAGAACUCAGAGGGUCAUGCGGGCGCUGAGGGGCGGAGCCUGCUGCGCCAGAAACCAGUAGAACGUUCAACAAUAAAUGCACUUUUCCUUGCAGGAGACUUCUGUGAUGUUAUCGACCCAAUACUGUUUUACUUCUGCAGGAAAGCAUUAGCACUGAUCCAGAAGGAAUUUGUUACUUCCUGUGUGGACAGGAAGUAAAUACUGGCUUAGUAAAAGUAUUUAUCUGGGCGAUUAUGACCUGCUGCGUCAAUAGCGAAGGGCAACUCAUCACUCUUCUACGACACUCUGUCCUACAGGAACAGGAGACAAAUUUGGCCUCAUAACCGGUCCUCAAAGGGCCAGGGUGGUUCAGGCAAAAGGCGAUGGCCACUAUCAUGAAAGACCAGUGAUGCUUAUAAUUGAUUUAUUUCAUAAAUGAUCCUCUUAACAAAUAAAUAAAUGGACCUCAACUGCUGCUCAACAUUCCCAUUUGUGACCCUUGCAAUUAAAAAAAAAAAAAAAAUAGACUCAGCCCCUCCCCAGUCAUGACGGGAUGUCAAGGAUCUUCUGCUGCAAGUACAUCUUCACCUCCUCUAUGCCGUUCAGUUUUUCAAGGUCCUGGUAAGGCAGCUGCAAGAGACCAACAUCAGCAUGUGAGUAAGGGAGCCAGGGUGUGAAUGCAGGGCCAGCUAACCUGCAGGAUCACGUAUCCCAGCAGUCGCAGGUGACGGUCC